GGUGACGGUGCCUUCGUGAAAAGGCACUCAAAGAAGCAUUACGACAAUAAUUACAUUUGGAAACAGGCGACUGCGUUUACCGGUACCUUGCUAAAAUAGUAUUUUAUAUUAGUUUGAUAAUGUCGGUGGGCAUUGAGUCGGGAUUUUCAAGUGAGGAGGUUCUGAACGUUCGCUUCCCACUCCACCGGGCGUGCAGGGAUGGAGAUAUCGGUGCGUUGUGCUCGCUUCUUCAGUGCACCUCAAACCCGGCGGAGUUAGCCGUGGAGGACUCUUUCUACGGCUGGACACCCAUACAUUGGGCUGCUCAUUUUGGAAAGUUGGAGUGUGUGAUGCGUCUGGUGCAGGUGGGCUGUGUGGUCAACGCGGUGACCACAAGGUUUGCUCAGACACCCACUCACAUCGCUGCGUUUGGGGGCCACCCAGAAUGCCUGCUGUGGCUGCUGCAUGCUGGCGCCGACAUCAACAGACAGGACUAUGUGGGUGAGACACCCAUCCAUAAGGCUGCCCGUGCAGGCAGUUUGGACUGUGUCAACGCUCUCCUGAUUCAGGGGGCGAAAGCUGAUAUGAGGAACGCUAGUGGGCUGUCCGCCGCUGACCUGGCCCAUGCCCAGGGGUUCCGCGAAUGUGCUGAGAUGCUCUCCAAUGCGCAGAACCUGCAGCAGAACCUGACCCAGACCCAGCUUAACGGCUUCUGUCUGAACGGUACCACCCAGAACGGAGGCCACUCCCACCCUCUCAUCCAAGGGCGGAGCCUCCUUAACGGGGCACCCAAUAGAAAGAGAUCGUUUGAUAACAUGGAAGCCAAUCAAAUCAAGAAGGCCAGAACUGACGGUAUGGGCCUGCCGCUGUGGAUGCUGAAUGGGUCGGUCUGCGGUGUCGGAGAGUUCCUGAUGGAGAGCAUACACCAGGAGAGCAUGGAGUCAGCGCCGCCGGCAGUGAGCUCAGGUGGGCCAGGACCCUUGGCGUUUGGGAUGAAUGGGUCUGCGCCGGUGCCAGGCCUGGUGGACCAAGGGCAGGACCAGGGGGGAGUGGAGGUGUCCAUACCGGCCCCUAAGGAGCAGGAGAUCUUCAAUGUGGCCUCCAUGCAGAUCCCCUGUCGCUGCACUAACUCCUACGCCUACCUGUAGAGACCUUAGAGUGCAUGUAUUGAGUUGAGUGUUGACCCUCCUAGUGGUUGUAUCUUGGUAGAAUGUCCAUCAGGCCCUCUCUGGCCAUGUUUUCUCACUGAUGGAAUUAAUUUUAGUGCCAUUGUUGGGUUCUUGGCAUGAUAAUGAUAUAUUUCCGGUUCUAGAAAUAAAGGCGUAAAUAGUUAAUUUAUUGUAUUCUACAUACAUGUUAUGAAAUACAUUGCCUUGCUACCAUACUUAAUUGAUAGAGAAACAUUCGUUUUAUGUUUUGUUGUUAUAUCAGGUUCUUUGAAUGAUCCACACAAUUCUUGUUAAAUAAUCUUGUGUUUUUGGCAAAGCCCCUUAGGAUGAGUGACUCCCAAUGGUAACUGUAAUAAUGUUGUAAAAUUCUAAUCUACAUUCCUUUGAUGUAGAAACGCCCACACCUUGGGAACAACUUACCGAAACCAGCCUCACUUGGUUUACGGAGAAGAAUAGGGAGGUUAGACUUAGGUUAGUUCAAAUCCUAGAGGCAGGUUAGUUCAAAUCCUAGAGGCUGCACUGAAGUUUCCCUCUGCAUCAUGAAUAUGCAAUGGUAGAGUUCUGACCUUUAUGAAGUUAGACCAGUGGUCCCCAGCUGUUUUUUAACCGUGGCACACCUUGAUGAGAUAGCAUUUCACUAUUCAUUUAUUUAGUGGUAAUGACCUCUUAUUUUAUCUGACCCAUACAGCAAAUCUAUUUUCUGUGACAAGCGUUUUUUAUAUAUUAAAUAUGGUUUGUUUGAAAUAGUUCCUUACUUAUGAUUGUUAUUGUGUGUGUACUAGAGGUCUUCGUGAAUCCAGCUGUACACGAAUCCCCAGACCAGAUCUGGUACGCAAGCGUGUCCGGGUCGAGAAUUCUUAAUAAUAUCAGGGGUCUGGGUCGGCUCUGAUAUGAUUGCCUUGGGUAUGUGUAAUUUUAACUGACUUGUCUGUUAGGACCCACAUAAAUUCGAACACGAAUGCUGCAGUAGAGAGAGAGACAGAGAAAUUGUAUAAUUUUUGCUGCUGCUCUUUGUUUUUUACGAGAGUGGUACGUGUAGCUUGUUGUUGGCCAAUCAUAAGAGCCAAUGUAUGUAUGCUUGAUCCGAAAUUGUGGUCAUGGCAAUAUGGUGUGACACAAUUGCGGAGCCUCCGAGGGCACGCACAGGCCAAAUUGAGCUCUGUACCGCAUCGCCGUGCGUGCGCCACUCAAAUGCGGAGGUCUCCGUAUAGAUCCGCGAUGACUGUAGGUGAGGGCGGGAGGUCCUGUAUAAACACAAACAGACUUCCUUGACAGCUUCUUUCACUACAGCUCUGCGAGUUGUUUGUAACUGUGUAGGACGGGAAAGCGCAUGCAGCAUCAAAUAGUGUGGCAGAGAUCUAAAUAGCUUCUCCUGGUUUGAUGCAGUCAAAACAGGUACUAGUACUUAAUCAUAUUUGAUGAUAAAUAACCUAGCUAUGGCAGCGAUUAGUCUACUAUAGCACAAGUCGGAUUGGUUGGUUGCGGUCUCCCGCCCUGUUCCUGUGUCACUCAUUCACGCACACUCACAGUAGCCUACCACAAAGCAUGGCCCCUGCUAGAGCGUCAUUUCUCUCUACCUCUUCCCUUGCGCUUUAUCAGCUCCGGUUAAUAAAGUAGCUUAAAAAUGUACUUGUCUGUUGCUUCAGGACCGGGUCUGUGUCGAUCAGGUCCAUACGGAACGGGUCUAGUUGUCCUCGGUUCUGUUCGGAACGGGUCUCUAUAAAGUUGUAUUUUAUUUAUGCAUAUCGGGUCCGGAUGGGAAACCCCAGGUACAUUUUAGAAUGGAUCCAUCUUUUUGGACCCGUGAAGGCCUCUACCCGUUUAAGAGCGUCCCAGAAUCUGCAUCAGAAAUAACAAAAUGUAUUACUGGUUAAAUAUGUCUUUAGUUUUUAACGGUUUGCGCUACAAACAAGCGGGUUUCUGCAUUGUAAAGUUGCAACCAAAGACACAAAGCCAUGCUCUGUUUGUUUCUAUUGCACAUGCUGUGGUAUAGCUAAGCUCAGAGCCUUAUAGUAGGAAUUAAAUGACUCCGGCUAAGCUUAAUCAGACUUUCUUGUUUUAAUGGUUUUCACAGACUAAGUAAAAUGAUACAAAUGAUAUAACCGACACUAGUGCGCCAAAGUAAAAAUUCCAUGUGCAUUUCACAACAGGUCCCAUUUUAUAAGUGCGUGUUAAACAUCGGUUGGGAACCACUGAGUUAGACAUCCAGUACUGCAUUUAGUGGUAGCAAUGUUGCUGCACCACUUUGGCCAAUAAGGGAAUAAAGACAUUUGUCCAUCUCAUGUCAGAAUGAAGAGACUACUAGAGAAUGUUCCUGCCCUUAAAGUAAAAAUAAGGGAAAGCAUAUUUUGUUUUAUUUGCUUAAAAAAAAAAAAAUCCCCCUGAGAGAAUCUACCUUUUUGGACAUUUCUGGUGGUGACUCUGUCUCAUAGCUAUUUUUUUUUUGUACAAGAACUCCCUUGUUAUGCCAAAGCAUGUCUUUACGUUAAUGUUUAAAGUACAUACAUCUUUACUGUGCAGCUUUUCUGUAUUAUGUGAGCUUUUAGGUAUUUCCAAGGUGUGCUAUAUGGCCUGACCCUGUCCUAUUAGCUAGCAGACUGGAGACUUUGGUUGGAUUAGCCACUCCUAGUGCCCUCAUCUUCUCUCAUUCUACUUUUCUAGGAAAGGACUUUGUACGCUUUUCUGUAUAGCCUAUCUAUUGUGUCUGGUUUUUGCAGCUUUAUUUGGCUUGUGUUUUGUUGUAUUGCUUUGCUAACUGCAGUAAUGACAAAAUGUAGACGUUGAUCUAUGACAAAUGAGCGUGAUUAGUAGUGAUACAAUUUUUAUAAAGCAAGGCAAAGCUACUCUUUGCUUAAGGCAAUUUUUUAAGAAGGAAAAAUAGGAAUCUUCAUAAAUGUAUUGGUCACAAACUUUAAAUCCCUCCCUGCAUACAUCUGCUUCAUGACAAUUUUUCGGUCAAGCAAUCCGCUCAGCAGUACUAUUCAGUCUGUACAGAAUCACAAAUGUUAAUGAGUAGAUGGCAUAUAUUGAUGCAAAUUAGACCUGACGCUCAGUGUGGAGUAGUUUUGUACGGUUUAAACUCAUUA